CACUGCCUGAGUAAGAAGAUUACUUUUGCGCUGCUCUUCUCAAUACUCUUUCUCUCUUUAAACAUGCUAAGGAUGCUAAAGCGUCACCAGCUCCAACCGGGAAUGAUUUUAUUACUCUUAUGGCUCUGUUAUUUUAUGGAAGAUCAAAAAGUGCAAGCUGGUAACUGCUGGCUACAGCAAGGCAAGAACGGGAGAUGUCAGGUUCUCUACAUGCCUGGGAUGAGUCGAGAGGAAUGCUGCCGAAGUGGGAGGCUCGGUACAUCAUGGACUGAGGAAGAUGUGCCAAACAGCACAUUAUUCAGGUGGAUGAUCUUCAAUGGCGGUGCUCCAAACUGCAUACCUUGUAAAGAGACAUGUGAUAAUGUGGACUGUGGCCCUGGGAAGAGAUGUAAAAUGAACAGGAGGAGUAAGCCUCGUUGCAUAUGUGCGCCAGACUGCUCCAACGUCACCUGGAAGGGGCCAGUGUGCGGCUCAGACGGAAAAACAUAUAGAGAUGAAUGUGCCCUUUUGAAAUCGAAAUGCAAAGGGCACCCUGACCUGGAGGUGCAGUAUCAAGGCAAAUGCAAAAAGACGUGCCGUGACGUCCUGUGUCCGGGUAGUUCGACUUGUGUGGUGGACCAGACAAACAACGCAUACUGUGUGACAUGCAAUCGUAUCUGCCCAGAGGUUACGUCUCCGGAGCAGUACCUUUGUGGCAAUGAUGGGAUUGUCUAUGCCAGCGCGUGCCAUUUAAGGAGGGCCACAUGCUUGCUCGGAAGAUCCAUUGGAGUGGCAUACGAAGGGAAAUGCAUCAAGGCCAAGUCGUGUGAUGACAUCCAGUGUAGCGCAAGCAAGAAGUGUCUAUGGGAUGCCAAGAUUGGUCACGGGCGCUGUGCAGUUUGCAUGGAGUCAUGCCCAGAAAGUCGCUCGGAGGAGGCAGUGUGCGCCAGCGACAACACCACGUAUCCCAGCGAGUGUGCCAUGAAGCAAGCCGCUUGCUCUUUGGGGGUUCUCCUGGAGGUUAAGCAUUCAGGAUCUUGCAACUCCAUUACUGAAGACCAGGAGGAUGAUGACGAUGAAGAAGACCAGGACUACAUGGCUUAUAUCCAUUUAUCACCAGUACUGGAUGGAUAAAGUGCCCUCAACCAGUGGAACAGUCCUAGGGCAAGGAAUCAUGUCCACACUGUACAUAUGUGUAUGCUAAUUUAUUUUUCAGAGGAAAAAAAGAAGUAUACAUGUAGUUCAGUCUGCUCGAUGUUUAUUUAUACAGUGUUCUGUUUUAUAAUUGAUGCAUUUACAGUGUCUGGCUUACUGUCUAUCUUGUUAUUUUGUUUUUACUUUUGUUGUCUUUCCCUUUUCUUCUUCUUUUCUUCUUUUUAUUAUGACUGAGAAAUAUAUUUGUCCAAAGAGAAGUGUUAUUUAUUGUGAGGUAAAAUGCUAUCAUGUAAAGUGCAAGUCUUCUGCAAGCUGUAAAUUGCAUUCCCUGAGUUGUAUAAAUGCUUAUCAGUGUCAAUUCUGUAUCACAGAUGUUUAUUUCACACAUACCUGCAUGUUAGAUUGUGAGUUUAUUUAUUGGAAAAAAAUGGAAACAAACAGGAUAAAAAAAGUCACUCUUUAAUGUACAUGUAUAUAUCUAGUUUUGUUUACAGUUCAGUAUAACUGACCAAAGGGAUUUUCUCAAUCGUUCUUCAAAGUUUUGUGAUAUGGUGCAGCAGGAUGAGCCGUUUUUCACAUAUUCUGUAGGAAACCCCUGACAAUUCACUUGUACAAGAUGCUAAAUGCUGGCAUACCUCAACAGCAGCAGUUGAAGUUUUUGAUGAUGGCGGAGAAAUGAACAGUGAGUCAUACUUGUUUGAGAAAACUGUGCCAUUAUGCUUUUUUGUCUUGUUUUUGCCAAUAUACUGCUCCGUAUUGCUCUUGCAGAGCUAACAAAAGGAAAAGAUAAAAGACUCAAUAUAUAAAACUUUCACUGUUUUCACUUUGUUGUCAAAAUGAAUUUUUAUUUUCAGACAUCAAGAUAAAAACAAAAUUCAGUUAUAAAUAUAUAGUUUUGUAUUUUUUAUGUAAAUGUCAUAUGUAUAUACAAAGUUUGAUGGUAUUUGUACAGAUAUUAAGAGUGAAAUCAAUAAAAAAAAAAAAAAAAAAAAAAAAAAUCCUUAUCAAUUGCUUGUGUUGAUUUUGUCUAAGACAUGUUACUAAACAAUACACCCUGGCAUUUUUACAAUAUCAAAAUAAUUUUAUUUGAUACAUUUGUACGUAGUUGGACUGUUCUCAGUUCACUGAUUAAGGCUGAUGUUUAGAGAGUUUCAUUCUGUCUCAGAAAUACCAUGUCAUUUUAACCAGUAUGAUUAAACUAUGUCCAGUUUGGAAAAGAAGAAAAGUAUGGUUACACAAAGUUCAGGCUCCACACAAUUUAGUUAUUAAUAGUUCUAUUGUAAUUUUACCACAAAAUUGUUAUUUGACCAAAUAAACCUACCAUAGCAGUUUUGGCUCAAGUAAAAAAAAAAUAAAAAAUAAAAAUAUAUAUAUAUAUAUAUAAACAGAAUAUUCCUAUGAGUUGCCAUAAAUUAUUUUAACUUUAGAGUGCCAUCCUAUAAACUUUUUUGUCUUAUGGACCAUCAUGGCCUUAUCAGUUUGUCUCAAGUGUCUUCAACGACACAAAACCAGAAAAGUCAUAUUUAUACUGGAUAUCGUUUAGCAUUACAUUCAAAUUUGCUUUAUUGGCAUGACAUACUUCAGUACAUAUUGUCAAAGCAUUACAAAAAGGUAAAUAUAAUUAAGAUAAUAAAUAAUAACAACAAUAUAAAAAAAGAAAAAAGGAAACAUUAAGAAGGGGGUGAGGGGAAAAUAAAGAGAUUUGUUUUUAGUCUUUGCAGUUUUUAUGCAGAUUGAGACAUACAGAAUCUGUGUUAGUUUCUAUAUAACAAAAUGCACAUAUUCUGCUUUGUCCUGAACUGAAAAAUACAAACAAAUAAACAAAAAACAAAUUGUGAUUAAUUUGAAAGUUAUACUUUCUGUUAAACAGGUUUAACAAAGCAAAAUCAAAAUCUUUUCAAGUACCCCAAGCUACUAUUCACAUACCCAUGGUUGGGAAUCAGUGUUUUAGAAGAAGUACCUGUAUCCUGCCCCUUUUCUAAGUAGUGACUGGGUGGUCUCUGGAAUUUGACCAAAAGUGCACAUGAAGAUGUCCAAAUACUUCUUAGGUUUUUGUUCUUUAAUGUUUAAGGCAACUGUGUCCUCAUUAGGUUAACUGUUUUUCAUCUGUGAAAACACAGUGACUGACUGCUUAGGCAACAAGCAUAAAAAUAAUUGUUUUCUAGCGUAAAUCAAAAUCACACCAAAAUGUUUUAUUUUGACUUCUAAUACCAAUACUUUGACAUAAUAAGAUGAAGCAAGUUUCAGUCUAGGAUUUGCGGUGAAAGUGAACACUGUACGUGUAGUAACCGAGUGUUAAUCAGAAAGCAACAAUGACGGGGUGAAAUGGUCACUGCUUUUCCAAUUGAAGUUCAUUGAGAGCAGGCAGGUGUUUUACUCAUCUCAGCUCAUCCCUAGAGGAGUAUGAGAGUAAACAUAUCUAGCCGCGUUCAGUCUUUUGAAGCUUGACAUUUACCUCAUCCUCCCAUUAACAACACUAAACUUCAAGAGGGUUUGGAUGGUGGAAAAAUUAACCACCUGAGAAGAAUUAUUUUCCGAGGAUAUGAAGAAAAGAGUUAUAGAGCACAUGCGUACCACACACAACAGCCAGUAACUUUAGUAAUCAUAAGAGGGUAAAUACUCAAACUUCCAAAGGCAAGCUUUUUUAAUACAAUAUACUCAAACAAUUAUGACAAUAGCAAAAUAUUUUGAUUGGAAUUUAUAUUUUUUGUUUGUAAUUAGAGUGUUCAUCGAUUAAAGUUGAUUUUUAAAGAAAAAGUGUUAUUCUAACUCCCAAAUACCAAGUAAUUUUAACUGCUACAAUUACCAGUGUUGGGUGUAAUCUAAUAAGUAAUUAGUUACUGUAAUCUAAUAAGUAAUUAGUUACUGUAAUCGAAUUUAUUUUUAGUCAAAAAUAAUGUAACAUUACAUUUUAAAAUAUU